GUGCCGACAUGUCGGACGGACGCUCAUUCUCCCUGUUCCUACAGGUACUUGGGCUGAUCGUCGUCCAGUGCGGCACCGUCUACACGUCAACUGUCAAAGAUGAUGCGUCACCCAGCGACGGUACAUGCCCGGUCAUUCUGCCCUGGCUCUGCAACGCUUCGUCGCUGGAUCUUUCGAAGCUGUGCUUGACUUUCAACUGUGACUACAGCAGGCAACUCUGUUCCACGUCAUGUGAUGGGAGUGUAUAUCAGAGACUGCUCGACCAUCCACCCUCGGGUUUCGGUGCCGACAUGUCGGACGGACGCUCAUUCUCCCUGUUCCUACAGGUACUUGGGCUGAUCGUCGUCCAGUGCGGCACCGUCUACACGUCAACUGUCAAAGAUGAUGCGUCACCCAGCGACGGUACAUGCCCGGUCAUUCUGCCCUGGCUCUGCAACGCUUCGUCGCUGGAUCUUUCGAAGCUGUGCUUGACUUUCAACUGUGACUACAGCAGGCAACUCUGUUCCACGUCAUGUGAUGGGAGUGUAUAUCAGAGACUGCUCGACCAUCCACCCUCGGGUUUCGGUGCCGACAUGUCGGACGGACGCUCAUUCUCCCUGUUCCUACAGGUGGGUCUUUCAUACACUUAUAAGUAUGUAAGGCACAACGGCCAUUCUGGAUUGUCGGCACUGAGACCCAACCUUUUGUGUCAAAUGUAUGUUGGUAUUACCGAUUGCUACACUAAAUACAGCCUAGCUGUGGCUAGGUUCGUGAAACAACGACUAUUGAUGGCAGGAGAUAUAGAAGCGAACCCAGGCCCGCUCACUUCUACACAGGAGAAACAACUAGUCGAUGCUAUGCUACUAAUACCUGGCAUGAACGAGGGGCAAAAAGCAAUGUUGAAUGAAUUGAAAGCCAUUAGGGAAAUGCAAACAUCGUUCGAAAGAAAACUAGAGGGCUUGUCAUCUAGGAUAACAGCUAUUGAAAGCGAGAUGACUAUGGUUAAAUCCUUGAGAGACGAAGUUGCUGACAUAAAAACGGCGAAUCUGGAACUUGACACCCAACUUAGAAUGACUACCGCACAACAGGAUGAAGUACAAAAUCAAUCGCGCCGAAACAACCUUAUCUUUUACGGCUUGGCGGACAAAGCAAAUGAAACCUGGGAAGAAUCUGAGGCCAAAGUGAUCACCUUUUGCUCUGAUAAGCUCGGCGUAAAGCUUGAGCCCACUAACAUAGAACGUGCGCACAGGCUAGGCCGUUUUUCCGAAGAGAGAGGACGCCCCCUUAUCUCAAAGUUUCUGUCAUUUAAAGAUAAACAAAAAAUACUGUCAGUCGCCUAUAAACUAAAGGGGAGUGGCUUUUCCAUUGGUGAGGAUUUCUCACCUGCUAUACAACUCUCACGACGCAAACUUUUAGAGUACGCCAGGGAACAAAACGCCCAAUUCAAACUACGAUACAACAAGUUAGUUAUUCGUGGUAAAACAUACCAGUACAAUCCUGACACCGACGUCGUGUUUGAAACCUCUGUAUAGCCACGACAAAAAAGCGAUAUCAGAGGGCCCGACGUACAGGAACUUGUCUUUGUUACAGUGAACUGUAGGAGUAUCAGAAAUAAAAAGGAUGACCUUGCUUUUCUUCUUGCUACAACGGAUGCUGACAUUGUUUGUGGUACCGAAUCUUGGCUUGACCCUUCCAUGACCAACUCCGAAAUAUUUCCACCCAACUACGAAGUCUACCGCAAAGACAGAAAUUCGAGGGGAGGGGGUGUGUUUUUACUCGUCUCGAAAAACCUACAAAGCACAGCUCUUGAAUUUCAAGACUGUGUGUGCGAAUCUGUUUGGUGCAAGAUAAAACAGCAAGGUUAUAAAUUUUUAACUGUAGGCGUAUUUUAUAGACCCCCAAGUAACAAUUCACUGAAUCCCCUUUUGUGUCUUUCCAAUGUGCUAUCUGCGAUAACGCCUGAUGACGUUAUUCUUAGUGGCGACUUCAAUCUUCCGGACGUUGAUUGGGUCGACAAUCUGCCCCUUUUGCGAAAUUCUUCGUCACUGUAUAAAACUUUCAAGGAACUCGUAGACACCCAUGAGUUGCAACAGUUUGUAUUGCUUCCAACAAGGUACGGCGCAACAAGUAAAUCUAUACUAGAUCUUUUCCUUACAAAUCACCCGUCCGCCAUCCGUUUGGUAACGACGGCUCCGGGUAUCAGUGACCACGAAGCUAUCAUUACAAAUGUAACAUGUAAGCACACUGUGACUGAUAAGCCAUGCCCCAAAAAAGUUUAUCUGUUUGACCGAGGGGAUUACGACAGCUUGUUUUUCGACCUCCUGGCUUAUCUUCCCGAGUUUGAAUGUGCGUGCACAUUGCUUGACAUUGAAGAAUUAUGGAAUCUGUUUAAGAAUAAACUUUCUUCCCUUAUCACUGAAUAUAUUCCUUCUAGGAUGUUGUCGGGAAGGCGCAGGAAUGACAAACCGUGGAUGACAAAGGAGUUGCGACGUCUUCUAAAUAAAAAGCGAAGAUUUUUUCUAAAAUAUAAGAAAACGAGGGACCCAGCCAACAAAAUUGAACUUCGUUUGCUGGAUAAUAUCUUUAAGACUAAAGUUAAGGAAGCGAAGGAACACUACUUUUUGGCACUGGGACCAAAAUUACUUAACAACCCAAAGGAACUAUGGAAAACGGUUAGAAAAUCGGGCAAGAGUGAAUCUGUGGGCAUUCCAGCAAUUCUGAACAAUGAUGAACUGACCUCCGAUAACUUUCUCAAGGCUGUUUGCUUCAAUAACUUCUUUCAAUCUGUCUUUUCGACAACCGAGCUAGUUGUACGAGAAUCUUCCGAGACAACUUUUGAUAGAAUGCCUGAGUUUGUGGUAGAAGAUUAUGGCGUACUGAAAUUACUGCGUAAUCUGAAAUCUCAUUCAGCUAUGGGGCCUGAUGGCAUUCCUAACCACGUUCUGAAAGUUUGUGCUGCAGCAAUCUCACCUUUUCUAGUUAUUCUUUUCAACAAAUCGCUCUUUACUAGCAGGCUACCUUUGGAAUGGAAAACGGCAAAUGU